AGAUGCAGCGUGCGGCGGCGGCGAUCGCGUUCUCUGCAGCACGGCGGUUCGUCUUCUCCCCGCGCCCGGUUAUCCAGAACCGGCCGGUUUACCUCGCUCUCCCUCCGGUUCUCGACCUCUCCCGCCGCUACGCCCGCGCGCGCGGAGGGGAGGAGGACUUCGACGACGACGACGACGUAGAUGACGAGGACGACGGCGAGGACAUCGACGAGGACGACGAGGAGAACCUCGACGGCGAGAUGGACGAUAUCCCGGAUGAAAUUUCGGACGACUCCGAUUGAGUCUUCGCAAUACUAAGCGUUGUGUUGUGUUGUGUUGUGUUGUGUUGUGUUGUGUUGUGUUGUGCUGUGCUGUGUCGAGUUGUGUUGUGUUGUGCUGUGCUGUGUCGAGUUGUGUUGUGUUGUGUCGUGUCGUGUUGUUCCUUUUUAACGUUUUCGAUCUCUGCGUAGUUUUGAGUCAUUUGGUUCGUAUUUGGAAUGGAACUAAUAAUGCUUAUAA